AUGGCCUCGGCAAUGUCGAUUGCGCAGAAGCGCAAACAAUCGAUCGUACGCAAGACUCCUCGCACUAGUGGAAAGGGACUUCCUUCGCGCAUAGGUAGUAAAAAGCUUCCAGGCACUCGCAUCAAGAAGGGACACAGAUAUGCCCCAGGUACAUUAGCUCUCAAAGAGAUCAGGAAGUGCCAGAAGGAGAGCCUGCUCUACAUCAAGAAAACCCCAUUUGCCAGACUUAUCAAGGAGCUCGUUAUAGAUCAGGCUUAUAUACCUCUUCGCAUUCAAGCAAGCGCUCUUGGCGUUCUUCAAGAAUAUGCUGAGUCUCUCUUAGAUAAUACUCCGCUACUCCUAGAUAAUGAGCAGGACGAUGAUAAGCAGGAUAAAGAUGAGCAGGAACAAGAUAAGCAAGAUCAAGAUGUCCGAGAUCAAGAUGUCCAAGGUCGAGACUUUCAAGCUAGUUAUAAUCAAGAAGAGCUAGAUGAUGAUUCUAGCGAUGAUAAGCAAACUCUUAAGCAGAGGCUAGAAGCCUAUGCUAAUGAGCUGGUAGCGGCAGCUCACGCGCUUACUGUUGCGAAAGAGCGUUCAGAAGAUAGCUUACGCCUUGCUCAGGAAACUCUCGAAGGAGACGCAAAGAAAAUUGCGCGUCAGUUUCAUCGUUAG